GCAAAUUGCAGGCAUUGGACCACCUCACCCCCUGCCACACCUGCCAUCCAACCAAGGGGGAGACGAAGCAGUUACCAUUCGCAAUGCGGUUGACAGCGAUGCGGGUAUUGAAGCUUCAGGUCAGUCAUGUGCGACAAAUCUUUCGUUGACGCUUCUUACACAGAUCAACCAAGCCGUUGCAGUUCAUGGCACCAGAUUUGAUUACAUUGAUCCUUUGCAGAUUCAGACAAAAGAGGAUCGAUCUAUUUGGCUUCGAACUUCAGCCGAGAUUUUCUCUCUCUUACUUCCCGAUUCUUAUGAGCAAGUGGUGCAGCAUCUCAUGUCGUUGGUCACACCGCUUGAUCCAACUUUUCAUAUCGACUUGUCAGUCGUUCAACGCUUUGCCAAGAUGAUCGUGGCGUCGGGAUGUGAUUACAGAAAGGUUUUCCAGAAGAGAGCAGCUGUGAUGAAAGAUCCACACAACACAGUCGUUUGGCAGUUUCCUGUUGCCGGUUUUCCGCAGCCAACAACACUCCUUUCCGCAGGAAGCACGCAGUAUGUGUUUUUCCAUGGCACAAGCGAAGAAGGAUGCAUUGGCAUAUUGAGAUGUGGAAAAGUUUUGCGAUCAACCACAGAUGGCGUAGGCAUGCCUCCUGGAAAGUUUUGCCUAGGGUUCUUUUGCAAAGCUAUCGUGGGUUGGCCCACGCAGCAACAGACCGCAGCAGCAGCUACAGAUAUGUUCUUCCACGGCAAGAACCAGUGCAAUGUGGUGAUACAAGGAGUUGCCAAGGGAUCGCACUACAAGCCACUGACAGCCGAUACACAUCGAGAACAGAUAUGGUUGCAGCGUUAUCCGGUCAUACACAGCUCUUCCAAAGAUAAAAGAUGGUGCAUCAGGGAGGAUGUUGCCCACAUUACACAUUUUAAUUUGAUCUUCAACUCCGAUGAGGACUGGGGUACGUGGCAAGGAGUCUAA